AUGCUUGCCUCUUUUGUAUAUAAGCUCCAGAGUUUCCACUGAGCUUCGCAGUUGAACUCUUCUGUAUACCUACAUCAUGACGGGAUUCCUUGCGUGUCUUCUCCUGGCCCUGGCCAGCAGUGCGAUCGCUGGUUACGUCCAGGGUGGUGUUGGUUACGGCCAUGGCCUCGGCUACGGCAGCCUCGGCUAUUCCGGCCUUGGUUACAAUGGCCUUGGUUACUCCGGCCUCGGAUAUGGCCAUGGUCUUGGCUACGGUCACGCUGUUGCACUUAGCAACGGCUUUGGCUACUCUGGUCUGACUGGCUACAGCGUCGCUGCCCCAGCUAGCUAUGCUGUGGCUGCCCCAGCCGUUAGCCGCACUGUUGCCACCUCCUACCGGGUUGCUCCAGCUGUCGCUUCCUACGCCGCUGCUCCAGUUGUCGCCACCUACGCCGCCGUCCCAGCUGUGACCAAGGUCGCUACCUACCAGACCGUACCAGCCAUCUCUACGUAUGCCGCUGCUCCAGCUGUCACCACCUACGCCGCCGCACCAGCCGUCACCAGGGUUGCUGCCUAUCAGACUGCUCCAGCCGUCGCUACCUAUGCCGCUGCUCCAGCUGUCGCCACAUACGCCUCCGCCCCAGCUGUCACCAGGGUCGCUGCCUACCAGACUGCUCCAGCCGUCGCUACGUAUGCCGCUGCUCCUGCCGUGACUAGGGUGUCCACCGUUCAUGCUGCUCCGGCUGUCGCCAGCUACCAGGCCUACCAGACUGUUCCAGCUGUGGCUUCCUACGCCCAUUCCGCUCCAGUCUAUGGAUACGGCGUCGGCUCCCUCGGCUACGGUGCCGGCCACUUCGGUUACGGACACGGGCUCAGCAGCUACGGUCUGAACUAUGGCUAUGGCCUCGGCACCUAUGGUGAUUACACCACCCUCCUCCGCAAGAAGAAGUAAAUCUGCAAAGAAUUUCCACCGUGGACAUCUGCCACUAGGAUUACAUGAAGAUUCAACGUGUUCACUGCCAACUCUCGCAAAGCGGGCAAUAAAGAUGUUGAACCUCGCCA